AUGUUUGCUCAAAACCAGCACAUUUUCUACCGUAAGUCCAGAACCAAUACUCCCGCCUUGUGCAGGAGGGGCAUCAGUGAAUUAUGCCCUCAGCUGUGCAGGCUUAGGUCGCUGCCUCGGUGCUCGGCCACCACUCGCUGCUGGGGAACUCAGGUGAGUGAGUCAAAAGUGAUUAUCAGUUCUGGUUGCAAGGUUGCAACUCCUUACCGUCUCAGCAUUUCUGAAUCAGAUCUGCUGGUUAUAAUCCACAUCACGCAGAUCACAUGUGGCGUCCUCCAGGUUUCUGUCCAGGAAGAACUGGAGCCAGGUAUCCUGGUUGGAUCCCUGGGUAAACACUUCCCACCUCCAUACCAGCUCCUGACUGAGGACUUUCUGUGGAUGGACACAAACACUGGGAAUCUUUUCACUGCUGGGCUAAGAAUGGACCGUGAGAAGCUUUGCCCCGAGGUUACAACAGCUGAUGGGUGUAUUAUUCUACAGAACGCCAUUGUGGGGCCUUCAGGAGAUCUCAUACAGUUUCCUGUGAUCAUAGAGGACAUCAAUGACAACCCACCGCAUUUUGAAAACAGUGAAAUACACCUAGAGGUGUCCGAGGACAUAGCCGUAGGGGCCGAAUUCUUCUUGGACGACCAGGCGCAGGACAGUGAUGUCGGACGUAACGGGCAGCUGAGGUACCAUUUACGAGGUUCUGGUGGAGUUUUCACUUUAAAGUUUAGGGACGCUUCUGUCCUGCUGGUUGUACGAGCAGCUCUGGACAGGGAGACUCUGGAUCUGUAUCAGAUGCAGCUGGUGGCCAUCGACUGUGGUGUAAACCCUUUAAGUGCUUCAGUUGCUCUAAUAGUCAGAGUGACUGAUGUUAAUGACAACUGUCCAAGCUUUGGUCCCGACAGUCCGCACAGCGCCACCAUCCCCGGAGACGCCCUGAAGAACACAGUGGUCACUAAAGUGGUGGCCACAGACCCGGACUCAGGCCCAAAUGCCGUCAUCGUUUAUUCACUCAGUCCCAAAGUUUCUGAAAGGGCCAGAAUGCUCUUAAACCUCAACAGCCACACAGGGUACGUCAGAUUAAAAGAAGACCUCCAAAACGACAUCUCUGAGGAGCUGGUGUUAAAGGUGUUAGCCAGUGGCCCUCGCUGCCCCCCGGCAGACACUCAUGUAACCAUUUCUGUGCUCGCCAAAGCGACCCAGGAGCUCACAAUAAAGAUCGGGUUCAUUGCUGAGCAGCUCAACCAGACGAUGGUGUUACCGGAGAAUCAGCUCCCCACUGCCUUGGCUGUUUUAGAGCUUGAGGGUGACAGCAGCAUUAAAGGCUCAUCUCUUGCCAUUGAGGGUGACGUGCCUUUCUCUUUGAGCCUGCAGAGUGGCAAAUAUCUGCUUUCUACAUCAAAGCCUCUAGACUAUGAGAUGAAAAGCGAGUAUUGCAUUUCAGUGGUAGUGCAAGGGAGCUCACCUGAAAGGCCUGUGAUCCCUCCGUCAGGGCGAGAGAUCAGGGUGAUGGUGGAGGAUGUCAAUGAUAAUGCCCCAUAUUUCCUUCAGACUCACUACCAGCAAGAGGUGGAGGAAAACAACCAGCCAGGGAUCACACUGCUACAGGUGUCAGCCUCUGAUGCAGACAGCGGUCACAAUGGCAGGGUGACCUACCGGCUGCACAGAUACGCAUCAGCCAUCUUUAGUAUUGACUCUGUGACAGGUCAGCUUUCUGCUUUGGCUUCUCUGGAUAGGGAGCAGCAGGCAACAUACACACUUGCUGUAUUUGCUCAAGAUAGCGGCUCUCCUUCCCUGGAGUCCCAAGCCACUGUUGUUAUUCGUGUUCUGGACCAGAAUGACAAUGCACCUGUUUUUCUCUCCCCUCACCUCAUAUUUUUCAUCCCGGAGAAUGUUCCACCACUUACCCAGGUGGGGAGGAUAGAGGUGAGAGACCCAGACGAAGGGGAGAAUGGGAACACAGAACUGCGAGUUGUAAACAGCAGCGUGCCCUUUGUGGUGGAUAACAGUCAGAGAACCCUACGGACCACCGCUGAUCUGGACCGAGAGACGGAGGAUCGUUACGAACUUUACCUUUUGGCCAGCGACAACGGCCAUGCGGUCGCUCUAACCACCACCGCCAGAGUGACUGUUUUUGUGGAGGACGUCAACGACAACCAGCCAAAAGUGAUCCUUCCCAGCAGCAAUACCUCGUGUCUAACUCUCUCGCCUGACACCCUGGCUGGGACUACGGUCACAAAGAUCUACGCCGUCGACGAGGACUCGGGGUUAAAUUCUGAGAUCACUUUCUCUGUGGCUGCACCAGGGCCACUGCAACUAAACUCCAUCUUCCAGGUUGACUCAAGAUCAGGGAACAUCACCUUGAGUCAACAGCUUCUGCAAGAAGACGUGGGAAUGCAUCAUCUCUUCAUUGUUGUCAGGGACAACGGGAAACCAGCUCCCCUCUAUACAACAGUCUGGGUUAAUCUGCUAGUCAACGAGAGCACAGAGCACUGUUAUUUGGAAAGGGCGCCUACGUGGGCAGGGACGUCAGAGUUGGUUCAAAGGCCUUCGGAGUCUCCUAUCUGCCAGGUGGAGACUACUGGAUCUGUUCAAGCAUUUUACAUCCACGUUGGCAUCGGUUUGGUUGUAGUUUCAGUAGUUUUGUUACUGAUAACAGUUGGUUUGUUUUGUAGAAGAAGUAUUCGAAAACACAAGAAGGGGUGCAGAAAAGAAAAUGAAAUUCCACUCAGUCUCAAAGAUAAAUGUUAUUCUGGUGAAUAAGGCAAACAAAAGAGUCAUCUCACUCACAGUUUCAAGGCUGAAGACAGACGCGGGAUUAAACAUCUUCAGAGUGUUUGUCUUGGGCUUUUGGAAUAAAACAAAAAACACCACUGCAUGCCUCUGAAACACUGCAUUCAGAUGUUUGUCAAAAGCAAAGGAGAGACACUUAGCAGAAGGAAACCCAGCUUUCCGAUAAGGAUCCCACACAAUGGGAGCUGCAGAAACCUGUUCCCAAAGCCUUUUGCAGAAAUCUCUUAUGCUAUAGACCCAAUGAGGCAUGGGUGAUGAGCACUGCAGGGCCAUCAGCUGACAUCACGUGUCACAGCAAGCCAGUGGUACACUGCCUUCAUCAGCUUUAAGUAUUCCCAUGUAAGUAGGAAAGUUGAGGUAAUCGCCUGCUAAGUUGAUUGGACCUUUCUCAGAUUUCUGACUCUGAGUGACGGAGAGUCGGCGGUGUUUAGACACACAAAAGAGGUUGAAUGUUCCUUCAGCGGGAAAUUGAUGAAAGUGCCCAACUCUGAGGGCUCAGGGGGUAAGUGAGUGUCUACGCACAGGUGAGAGGAGGCAGAGAGAAGAAAGCAAGCAUCUCCACCGCGGUGCCGUCACCCAAUCGCACGGCUUCUCACUCACAGCAGAGAAAAACCUGCUAUCCCUACAGGUUUGCUAUUCUCAUGACUAGUGCUUCAACUGAAAUCCCACUGUGUUCAAAUGUGUUUUUAAAUACCAACAAGCUUUGAUGCUUUUAAGCGACACAUUAGAUCUAAAGCAGGUUAAGUGAUGCAUUAAAAAUGAAUGAGUCAGGGUACUGGGUGUUUACAGAUGGUAAUAGUAAAGGCAGAUGUUUUCAGAACCAAAGUUUCCUUUUUUCUUUUUAACGUUACAGUGUAGUGCACGCUUGUUUUUGAGGGGAAAAACACAUUGUGCAACAACCUGGUUAGUGGAGAAAAUGGCAUGUAUAACAUGAGGCGUCUCUGUGGAUGCCCGAGUGAGCUGCUUCAAAAAUAAAUAAUCUAAUAGGGGUAUACUGUGAGGCUAAACUGCAUUAACUCAAAUGAAAUGAAGAGCUCUGUACUUAAUUUAGAAAUUAAACUUUUUGUUUUUUACAGGAAGAAUAAUAAAACAAGUGGAUUAAACAUUUAAAAUCAUAGUUUUGUAUUUUCUGACCUGUCUGACAACCCCCUCUUUACAGCGUUAUAUUUGUAGAUUGCUUGUUUGGGGGAAAGGCACACACACACACACACACACACACACACACAC